GUCGACGACGACGAACACAAGCACAGGCAGCGGCAGCAGGAGCACCGCGAGCGCAAAGACGGUCGAGUACAUCAAGCCGAGCAGGCUGUCGCUGCAGGAGUACGCCGACUUCUUCGCCGACGAGAGCAUUCAGGCUGCAGCCAGCUUGAGCUACCAGCCGGACCUCCUCCCCAGCAGCACCACCACCAGCACCACGCCCCCCUCGUCCAUCACCACCACCACGUCGUCCACCCUCGCGUCCGCCACACGCACAUCACAGGGCACGCACAGGCCACUCGCCAACGGCAGCAGCGCGAAGGCGAGGUCAUCAGCACGACCCUCGAGUCCCAGUCCACAUCGCGAAUUUGCACCUACUCCGCUGCAUCGCGCACAGACACCCCCACAGGAUUUCCCAUCGCUCAGCCAGAGCACUGGUCCAUAUCCUCGUCGCGACCGCGUACGUGCAAGCCUCCAGAAGACACCGCGCCAGGUUUAUAAGAAACAGCCGCAAACGCUCAAGUCGAGCCCCACCCACGCCCAUUCACCGAGCAAAGACGACAGCAUAGAUCCUUUUUCGACAAUGGCUACCGCAACGUCGCCCCCGCAGCGUCCAUCGCGUCAGAACACCGUCAACCUCAACGAAUUAUUCUCGGGCCAGGUAGCACCAGACCGCUCCCAGCGUCGUCAGUCGCUUCCCACCGUGCACCAGCAGCCCGACCCGUACUACACGACCGACGCGUCUCCUAUCUCUCCGCCAGGCCACGUCGACAUUGCCCCUGAACACACGUUCGCAGCUCGCGCCCGCUCUGCGUCUAAAUCUGGACCUUCGAACGCGUCGGGCAGCGGGUCGAACAAAAAAGGAAUGCUCAGCUUCAUGAACUUCAUGAGCAGCACAAAGCGGCCCGAGAUCAGCACGCCAUACGACCCCGUCCACCUCACGCAUGUAGGAUUCAACGCGAGCACCGGCGAGUUCACGGGCCUCCCGCGGGAAUGGCAGCAACUCCUGCAGGACUCGGGUAUCUCGCGAUCUGAACAGGAGAAGAAUCCACAAGCGGUGAUGGAGAUUGUGAAAUUUUACCAGGAGGGACGCGCGGAGCAAGGUAAUAACGUGUGGGAUAAGAUGGGUGCUGUCAAGCCGGUUGCGCAGUUAGCUGUUUCGCCUCCACCAGCGCCGAAGAAGGUGCCGACCGUCGUGUCGGCGCCUCAGCCGUACCGUCCAGCACCUGCCCCGCCCCCAGCACAAUCCUCAGCUCAGGGCUUAGGCACUCUCGAUCGAGCCACCUCCGCACGCUUGCCGAAAUCACCUUCUGUACCGAGUGGAGUUGGCCGAAGCAACACCACUAGUGGAACUCGACAGCAUCAGUCCCCGACUCCUCCUGCCCCACCAAAGAUCCCGAACAAGGCCCCAGCGACAGUUAGCCCGUCGCGUGCACCGCCUCCUCCACCUUCACAAUCGACAUCCACGCCCAUCCAGGGUCACCACCCGAAGGUUGCACCGCCAAACCAGACCACACCGACACCUCGCCGACGUGAGAAGAAGGAUAAAGACAAGACUCGGGACGAGGAUGUCGUUCGUCGGCUGCAACAAAUUUGUACAGAUGCGGACCCGACGAAAUUAUACCGCAACCUCGUGCGUAUUGGCCAGGGUGCGUCUGGUGGUGUGUACACGGCCUAUCAAGUCGGCACGAACAUCUCUGUCGCCAUCAAGCAGAUGGAUCUCGAGAAGCAGCCGAAGAAAGACUUGAUCAUUAACGAGAUCUUAGUUAUGCGGUCGAGUCGACACCCGAAUAUCGUCAAUUACAUCGACAGCUUCCUCCAUCGUAAUGAAUUGUGGGUCGUGAUGGAGUACAUGGAGGGCGGGUCCCUCACGGACGUCGUCACCGCCAAUUUGAUGACUGAGGGUCAGAUUGCAGCUGUUAGUAGAGAGACGUGCCAAGGUCUUGAACAUCUCCAUCGUCAUGGUGUCAUUCACCGUGAUAUCAAGAGUGAUAACAUUCUGCUUAGUAUGACGGGUGACAUUAAGCUCACCGACUUUGGGUUCUGUGCGCAGAUCUCGGACCCUGCGCAUGCGAAGCGUACGACGAUGGUUGGUACGCCGUACUGGAUGGCUCCUGAAGUUGUCACUCGGAAGGAAUAUGGACCUAAAGUCGAUAUUUGGUCACUCGGAAUCAUGGCCAUCGAAAUGGUGGAAGGUGAACCCCCAUACCUAAACCAAAACCCACUAAAGGCAUUAUACCUGAUCGCGACGAACGGAACGCCGACGAUUGCGAACCCCGAGUCGCUAAGCUCUACUUUCCGUGACUACCUCGCAAAAACGUUAGAGGUUGAUGCGGAGAAGAGGCCGGAUGCUGCGCAGUUACUUCAGCACCCAUUCUUCCAACUGUCAGAACCCCUCCGGACACUCACGCCACUCAUCAAAGCUGCGCGCGAGUUAGCCAAGUCGAAAUAAAUAGAGAAAGCCAAUUUUUUUUGGUGCCAUUAGGAAUGAGAAUGUGAGAUACCGUUGAAGAUGUAGUUGUGUUUGUUUGAUUGUUUUGUUUUCAUCGUUUUUUUCAGUCUGCAUGUUUGACUUCUUAAUCUUUUGUGUUUUGUUCUUACUCUUCCUUCUCCCUUCCUAUAUUUCCCCAUCUCCCCAUUUCAAUGUUUUCAUUGAUGGAAUGAUCUAUACCUCACGACUCUUCCUGUCGACUUGUAUAGCGCUCACUUUCCGUUCCCAUUAUUAGUCUCUUUCUGGAUGGGUGAGUGGUCGGUGAGGGUGCUGGGAAGUGGGACGGGGUUGAGGGGAUGCAAGGAACCGGAUGUUGACCGUCCAUUAUAACAAGAAAUAUGUAUUUCCUUGCUCCCCUUCCUUGUCCUUGUACGUAGUUAAUUAGCAUGAGCAUCACCAGCCCACCUACAUACUUAACCCAUAACCCACCAGAUCCAGCCAUACGUACAGACAGACAUAACGUAACAUAUAACAUGCACGGUUUCGUAUUUUCUUUGCAUUUGUACUUGCUCUUUCUUCUUAGUGCAUCC